AUGAAACCAUUUAUGGAGGUACGGUAUUGAGAUUACCGAGUUCGAUGACGAUGACAAUGCAUAAAUGCAUAAAGCCUUGCAUCUGCACGGACUGCACCGAAUGCACCGUCUGCACCUGGUGGCUGAUUUUUAUUGAGUAUUGAUGUUAUGUCGUUUGUAUCCUUAGGAAGUUAAGUCUCCGCUGCCUUCGGUCCUACCUACUUGACGACCGUUUAGCGACAACAGAAUUAGAACGGCUGAGAGAUGAGUUCGGAACAGUCGUCGAGUUUGGUAAUCCCUCAGAGGUCCGAUUGCAUGUACACAGCAUGCUACUGCGAAGAAAAUAUUUGGCAAUUAGCUAAACUGAUACUAGAAACAAACAAAUCCACGCCAGGCAUGAAAUGUUACGUGAUUUUUGUCUCCAACUAUAAUAAAUGCGUACACUUGUGGAAUCAAAACAGCAGCCAUAACGAGGGACUUGUGUUUUGGGAUUACCAUGUGUUUUUGAUUGUUCAGCAUCUUGAUAAAACUUUGGUUUUUGAUAUGGACACUAGAUUGCCAUUCCCUGUUCCUUUUGCACAAUACGCUAAGGAAGCUAUUAGAGAGGAAUUUAAGGAAUCUCAUUCCAAGCGCUACUUUAAAGUUGUUGAUGGUGAUGUUUUUGUGUCUCAAUUUUCAUCUGACAGAAACCACAUGAUUGAAGAUGAUCGUUGGAUGUCACCACCGCCUCCAUAUCCUCCAAUUUUGAACAAAGAAAAAGUUCAUAAUUUGGAUAAUUUCAUAUCAAUGGAUCCGUCUAACGAGUUUGGACCAGUACUGAAUCUUGAGGAAUUUAAAGCUAGAUUUUCUUAAUUAUGCUUAUUAUGUAAUGUGCCGUUUAAUUGAUGAAUCUCAUUUUAUUCAUAUUUUAAGUAUUAUACUAUAAUUAUUGGAUUUUCCUUUCAAGUUUAAUUGAAAAUUUGCUUUUAUUCUAUAAAAUUAUAUUUUAAGUUUUAACAAUAUCAAGAUAGGUUAUUUUUAGGGUAAUUUUAAAUUGAGAUUCAUAUUUGUCUUUAAGAUUUUGAGAUUAAAUUGUACAUCAUAAUUAAAUAUAUUGUGUUCUUUUUAUUGUAA